AUGGAGAAAACUGGUUGGGAGGGAUGGAAUGAGAAACCUCUGGAGGAAUCAAGUCGGCGUGAAUUGAACUGGGAUGACUGGAGGAUGGAUUCAGACGAAGAUAUUGACUCACCAACAAGAAACAAGUGGAUCGAUGAUUCUGAAACCAAAAAAAAAACAAUCGAGCUUGGUGAACAACAAAUUUCUGGUGGAUUCAUUAUUGAUGCGGAUGCAGAUGAGAAUGAAGUGGCUCGUGAUGAUUCUGGAUCAUCCAAUAAGAGGGAAUCAAUUUCACUGGUGGAACGUGCAAAGAAAGACUUGCAGGAUGAUUUUUGGCAACCAUUCCAUGUUUCAGAACAUGACAAAAAUGAUAAGGAUAAAGUGGCUGCACUUUCAAAAGAGUUUGGAAGGAGGUCUGAGAUUUUAAGAAAAACUGCAGUUCUUUCAAGACACGAGAAGGAUAAGAAUGAUAUGAUUGAGAGAUGGAGGGAAGGUCCUCAAAGGACACCACUCAAUCGGGGAGGUGGGGGAACUGAUCCAGAACCCUACCUGUCAAGGCUCAAUCCACCUAAUAUGGAAAACCGUAAACGGAUGCAAUCUUUACCUCUUCGUGGAACAUUCAAUAAAAAGGAAUUCGGAAGUCUGAUGAAGGGUCCAAAGAGGAUGCAUGAAGAACUGAUCAAGAGUAGAAAGAGGCUAAUUGAUAAAGCGGUGCGAUCAGGUGGAGUUUUUACAUCAAGGCAGUUUGGUGAACCUCUUCAAACCCUUUCAAAAAAAGUGGGGGAGACUUCAAAGCGUACAUGCCUGGAUAAAGAGGAUACAAGUCACGGCUGGGGUUGGAACACAUCUAAAUCAACUUUUGGCUUUGAAACAAUCCAAAGGGAGAAAAACGAUGCUGAAGACCAAAAUAAAUUCAGCAUUGGAUAUUCUAGCCAUGAAAUUUCUUCAAGAAAACUAGCUCGAAUUCGUUCUGGUCCACACCCGCUCUCAAAAGAGAUACUUGAAUCUAAUCCCAACCCAUCUUCAGACUCCCCAAUUCCACAACGCUCCACAAGAACCUUUGCUUCCGACUUAGGCCCAAAAGAUCAUUUGGAUCCCAAGCCACUUCCCUCAGGAAAUCAGGAACCACCAGCUUGGCGUUCGGUACCCUUCCCAACUCCACAAACCAAGACUUCUUUCCAACCACAACCACCGCCAAAAGCAUCUUUUCCACAAAACCCAACUAAAGAUUCUUCAAACUCAACACAAAUUGCUGGAGGAUCUGGAGGCCAAGGAGGUGGAGGUGGAGGCAGAGACAGAGGCACAGACAGACGUGGAGCUGGAGGCGGAGGCGGAGGUGGAGGCGAAGGCGGAGGUGGAGGUGGAGGCGAAGGCGGAGGUGGAGGCGAAGGCGGAGGUGGAGGCGAAGGCGGAGGUGGAGGCGAAGGCGGAGGCGGAGGUGGAGGUGGAGGUGGAGGUGGAGGUGGGGGUGGAGAUGGAGGUGGAGGUGGAGGUGGAGGUCGAGGUCGAGGUCGAGGUCGAGGUCGAGGAGAUGAAGAUGAAUCUGAUUCUGAACCAGAGGACUACGCAGCAGAUUCACAAGCCCGAAGAAACACAGGAAUUAGGAAGAAGGAAUCUGCCUUUGCAAAAAGGACAACCAAGAAGGAAAGGAUGAAAGAACUAAAUGGUUCUCUGCCUGAGGGAUCGGACACCAUGAAGAAUAUUGUCCACAGGCACGCACAAUUACUCCUUGGCCUUAUUGGAACUGAUCUCAAGAGUCUUCCUUCUGCUCCAACUUCGGAGGAGCGAGACCUUGCAGUUCAGAGGGGGAAAAGUCAGGCCUACGAUCAACCACCUCCAACUGCUCCAUCCAGUCAAAGCACCCACACUCAUGCAUAUAAGAGCUGGAUUCAAACACAGAUACGCACUCUUGGAUUAACUCGCUUCACCUUCAAUUGGGAAAGCUCCUGGAAACACCCUUUCAACCAGCUCAUGGAUCUAUUAUUCUACCGGACUAUCAGCAUGGCCCUUCAUUCUGGAGAAUACAACGACACAAUUUGGAUACCAGCCCUCUCAACACACGCAAUCAUCCAUACAAUACUUGAGAGCCCAGUUCAAUGA